AUGGAGCCUGCAGCUUCGUGUUUAGCUGGAUUCUUCAUGGCCUUUCUUCUCUUAGAGAUCACCGUACUCACCCAAGCUAUGAGCUUGGAUAUACAGAUUAACAUUCAGGUUCCAGAUGCAGAAGGGGUACUGGUGCAGUGUACUUCAGGGAGGUUGAUUCCACCUGCUGAGAUGACAUGGAGAGACAGCAAGGGGAAUAUAAUUCCACAUUCAUCAAAACUUGACUCUCAGGAUGGGUUAUUGUACUUGAAGAGCAGCAUUCUUCUGAAGAACGGAACACAUGGUCCUGUUACUUGUUCCAUUUACAAUGUAACUACUAAUCAAGAGAAAAAAAGAAGCAUUGUCCUACCAGAUGUCCUCUUCAAACCAGAGUAUAUGUCAUUGAUGUCAAGCAGACCUUCAUGUCCUGUAAUAUAUUUGAGCAUUAUUCUUGUUUUAUAUUGUCUCAGAGGAAUACUUGUUUGUUGUCUCAAAUGGAAGACAUGUGAAUUCAUGAGAGCUUCUAUUUUGGACAAUGCAUACCCACUGUACAGAAAUUGGCUGAGGGAUGUAUGCAUAAUCUUGGUUGUAAUGAUGUUAAUUUUUACUGGACUCAUUUUGCUUCUACUUGUGACUGUAAACAUAGCCAAAGAACAGAAAGCACAGUGCCAGCCACUGGAGGAUGAAAUCCUACCCUUAUACCAGCUUUCACAGGAGUCCACAGAACAAAGGUCACCAUCUCCGUUCCUCAGAGAUUGCAGAGAGGAAACAGUCCAGCUCUAAGGAAGUAUUGUAGAGGA